GUCGCUACUACGCCUCAUCACAGAGCACCACGGGCUGAGGGCUCAUAAGAAGUGGACCCUGCUCUGCCAGCUGUUGAGCUCAUGUGGUGCCGUUGAUUGCAAGUGGAAAGAGCGGCCGUUUGUGAUUCGUGAAGACAUGUUGGGCUGGCUGGUGACAGUACCUCUGACGGUGGUCAGAUGGCUCCUUUCGCCAAUACCCCUGACCGUGUUCGUCUUGCUGAUGACCUGGAUCUACUACUUUAUGACGAAGAAGUUUGACUUCUGGAAGUCACGCGGGGUGAGUGGACCAAAGCCACGUUUUCCUUGGGGUACCGAGUUUGGGUCACCCUUGUGGGUUUCUCCGAUCGAGUUCGAGGACUGGGUAUACAGCCAGCAUGGCAGAAAGAAGUUUUGUGGCUAUUUUGAGUUUAAUCGUCCGGUUCUGUUUGUCAAGGACCUGGAGCUGAUCCGUCAUAUCACCAUCAAGGACUUCGAGUACUUUACUGAUCGACGUGAUCAAGGUUCGAACGAGACUCUGAAAGAUGCUGUCUCCAUUUUGAGAGGAGCUCGUUGGAAGGAGACUCGCUCGGUUAUGUCACCGUCCUUCUCGACAAGCAAGCUGAAGGCGAUGCAUCAGCUGACGCUGGAGAAUGCCAAGAAUCUGACGCAUUACGUCCUCCUGGACAUGGAAAAGAAGGGGGAGGUUGACAUGAAGGACAUGUUUGGACGCUUCACUAUGGACAACAUCGCCUCGUGUGCUUUUGGAGUCAACUGCAAUUCGUUUACAGAUCCCAACAGCACCUUUGCCACCAACGCUGCAAAGUUAUUCAACACUGAGCGUGCUGUCAUCAUGCGCUUCCUCAAGGGACUCGCUCUACCGGAAUGUAUCAUGAGCCGUCUUCCCGACCCGCUGGUUGAGUCUUCUCAGUUCUUCGCCGAUGUUGUCACCAGGACCAUACGCAGUCGCGAUAACUCCACACAUUCCGCCCCAGACUUCUUGCAGCUCCUGAUGGACACCAAGGACAAAGAAGGUAACCGCGUCCUUUCUACCAGCAGCAUCAUUUCUCAGUCUGUGCUGUUUCUGUUUGUCGGCUACGACACGACAGCCAGCCUGCUGACGUUCGCCGGCUACUGUCUCGCCACUCACCCGGAGGUCCAGGAGCGUGUCCAAGAGGAGGUGGAUGAGGCAGUGUCCAGGCACGGAGACCUCACUUAUACCGCCCUCCAGGAGAUGUCCUACCUGGACCGGGUGAUGUCCGAGACACUGAGACUCUACCCGCCGGCUACUCGGCUGGAGCGCGAGUCCACCAAAGAGUACACGCUGCCCGGCACGGACGUUCGCCUUCCCAUCGGCACCGUGGUGCAGAUCUCGGUGCUUUCCAUCCACCGGGACCCAGAGUACUAUCCGGACCCGCUGCAGUUCGACCCGGACCGCUUCCUGCCCGAGGCGAAGGAGCGUCGCCACCCGUGCGCCUACCUGCCGUUCGGCAGCGGGCCGCGCAACUGUCUCGCCAUGCGGUUCGCCCUGUUCGAGGCCAAGGUGGCGCUGGCAGAGCUGAUGAGGCAGAUGACGCUGAAGCCGACGGCCUGCACGCCGUCGCCACCCAUGCCGCUGGACAAGAUGGCGUUCCUCCUGACGCCAGCUGGUCGUAAAAUGCCGCUUAUUGCUGUCCCCAGGAGCAGCGCGGAGUGAAGUCUCUGCGCAAGUAGUUUGGAUGCUGCUAGUUUCGUGAAAUGUUUCGUGAUGAGAAUAAGCCGUUAUUCGUCAGAAUAGUAGCCAGUGGUUUUGGUGAGCUACUGGCAAUUGGCGCACAACCACUUGGCCCAAUGAACCUCGAGUUGUGUUGCUUUUUGUAGUCAAGUGUGAUCAGAUCUUUCAAAGUAAAGGGUUAGAGGCCUUUUGCGUUUUAUAACGGCUUGUGUAAUAUAUUACUUCCUUCGGUAAGAUUUUGUCAAA